AGCAGUCGCUGCUGCUGCCGCCAGCCCCGCGCCCGGCCGGGACCCCUGCCCUCACCCGGGAUCCCCUUUCCCGGGGGACCUAGCCCAGAUAUCCAGAGGUGCCUGGAAGAGAAGUAGGCGCUUUUCCUGAGUUAUCCUGGCUCCCCAGCUUUGCCCCCCCAAAGCUGGCUUCCCCUCUCCUUCUCUUUCCCCUACUUCCCCUCUCCCUUCCCUAUGUACCCAGCUGAACUGGGUGUAGGCCACAUCUCGCCUCCCUCUUUUCUUCUCCUAGACAUUCUUUGGCCGGGUCCUAUUCUGUGCCCAAAGAUACUUGAACACACUUCAUCAAAGUGACUGGGAGAAGGGUCUUUUUGACUCCACGUUCUUGAGCAAAAGCUGAAUCAGGAGCAGGAAGUGGGGGAGACCUGUCAUGGAAGAGGGCUUCAGAGACCGGGCAGCUUUCAUCCGUGGGGCCAAAGACAUUGCCAAGGAAGUCAAGAAGCAUGCAGCCAAGAAGGUGGGGAAGGGCCUGGACAGAGUCCAGGACGAAUAUUCCCGCAGAUCCUACUCCCGCUUUGAGGAGGAGGAUGACGACGACGACUACCCUGCUCCAGCUGAUGGCUAUUACCGUGGGGAAGGGGCCCAGGAGGAGGAGGAAGGUGGCGUCUCCAGUGAUGCCACGGAGGGCCACGAUGAGGAUGAUGAGAUCUAUGAGGGGGAAUAUCAGGGCAUCCCCCGGGCAGAGUCUGGGGGCAAAGGCGAGCAGAUGGCCGAUGGAGCACCCCUGGCUGGAGUGAGGGGAGGCUUGGAGGAUGGGGAGGGCCCGCCUGGGGGCCGGGGGGAGGCUCAGCGGCGGAAAGAUCGGGAAGAACUGGCCCAGCAGUAUGAAACCAUCCUCCGGGAGUGUGGCCACGGCCGCUUCCAGUGGACACUCUACUUCGUGCUUGGUCUGGCGCUGAUGGCCGAUGGUGUGGAGGUCUUUGUGGUGGGCUUUGUGCUGCCCAGCGCUGAGAAAGACAUGUGCCUGUCUGACUCCAACAAAGGCAUGCUGGGCCUCAUCGUCUACCUGGGCAUGAUGGUGGGAGCCUUCCUCUGGGGCGGUCUGGCUGACCGGCUGGGUCGGAGACAGUGUCUGCUCAUCUCUCUCUCAGUCAACAGCGUCUUCGCCUUUUUCUCAUCUUUUGUUCAGGGUUAUGGCACUUUCCUCUUCUGCCGCCUCCUUUCUGGGGUUGGGAUUGGAGGGUCCAUCCCCAUCGUCUUCUCCUAUUUCUCGGAGUUUCUGGCCCAGGAGAAACGCGGGGAGCAUUUGAGCUGGCUCUGCAUGUUCUGGAUGAUUGGUGGAGUCUACGCAGCGGCUAUGGCCUGGGCCAUCAUCCCCCACUAUGGGUGGAGUUUCCAGAUGGGGUCUGCUUACCAGUUCCACAGCUGGAGGGUCUUUGUCCUCGUCUGCGCCUUUCCUUCUGUGUUUGCCAUCGGGGCUCUGACCACCCAGCCUGAGAGUCCCCGCUUCUUCCUGGAGAAUGGGAAGCACGAUGAGGCCUGGAUGGUGCUGAAGCAAGUUCAUGACACCAACAUGCGAGCCAAGGGACAUCCUGAGCGAGUCUUCUCAGUGACCCACAUUAAGACGAUUCAUCAGGAGGAUGAGUUGAUUGAAAUCCAGUCAGACACAGGGACCUGGUACCAGCGCUGGGGGGUCCGGGCAUCGAACCUGGGGGGGCAGGUUUGGGGGAAUUUCCUCUCCUGUUUUGGUCCAGAAUAUCGGCGCAUCACUCUGAUGAUGAUGGGUGUGUGGUUCACCAUGUCCUUCAGUUACUAUGGCCUGACUGUCUGGUUUCCCGACAUGAUCCGCCAUCUCCAGGCGGUGGACUACGCAGCCCGCACCAAAGUGUUCCCUGGGGAGCGCGUAGAGCAUGUGACUUUUAACUUCACCCUGGAGAAUCAGAUCCACCGAGGGGGACAGUACUUCAAUGACAAGUUCAUUGGGCUGCGUCUGAAGUCAGUGACCUUUGAGGAUUCCCUGUUUGAGGAGUGUUAUUUUGAGGAUGUCACAUCCAGCAACACGUUUUUCCGCAACUGCACAUUCAUCAACACCGUGUUCUAUAACACUGACCUGUUUGAGUACAAGUUUGUGAACAGCCAUCUGGUGAACAGCACAUUCCUGCACAACAAGGAGGGCUGCCCGUUAGAUGUGACGGGGACGGGCGAAGGGGCCUACAUGGUGUACUUCGUCAGCUUCUUGGGGACGCUGGCUGUGCUUCCGGGGAAUAUCGUGUCUGCCCUGCUCAUGGACAAGAUUGGCAGGCUCCGAAUGCUUGCUGGCUCCAGUGUGAUGUCCUGCAUCUCCUGCUUCUUCCUGUCUUUUGGGAACAGUGAGUCAGCUAUGAUCGCUCUGCUCUGCCUUUUUGGGGGGGUCAGCAUCGCAUCCUGGAACGCGCUGGACGUGUUGACUGUUGAACUCUACCCCUCGGACAAGAGGACCACAGCCUUCGGCUUCCUGAACGCCCUGUGUAAGCUGGCUGCCGUGCUGGGGAUCAGCAUCUUCACGUCCUUUGUGGGAAUCACCAAGGCUACCCCCAUCCUCUUUGCCUCUGCUGCCCUUGCCCUUGGUAGCUCUCUGGCCCUGAAGCUGCCUGAGACCCGGGGGCAGGUGCUGCAGUGAGGGGCUCUCUGGGACGUUGGGGGUGGCAGGCACACUGUGAGACCAACUUCUUCCCUUCCCCUGCCCUGCCAUCCUGGUCCCGAGCCCUCCCUCCCCAUGCCCAUGUUUGGUGUCUUAGCCUUGUGUAUGUGUGCGUGUGCAUGUGUGUGACCCCGUGGGCAAACACUAUAGGGAAGGCUCCUUCAUCCCAGUUUUGGGAUGCAGCUCUACUCCCCACCUCCUACCACCCUUGACUUUGCACAAGAGAAGGCUUGGCCCCACCCUUCUCCCUGUUGUUAGUGAGGGGGGUCAGGGGGUCUUUGCUCUCCUAGCUCCAGGGUCUCCAGAACAGGCUUCCUGCCUUCCCCCUCAUUUCCUCUGCCCAUGCCCUGGUGAAAUCAUGGACGCGUGGUUAUGCUGGGGGCUGCGGCUUGGUGUAGACCACGGACCAAAAGAACUUCAACUUGAGUCAGAAGGGCCUCGAGUGCUCUCUCAUGCCUCCUGUUGGAUGCUGGGGGAGUAGCAAUAAACCUCAGACCCCUAGCCUCUACUUCCCCCUCAACAUAGGCUGUAAGAAGCCUGAAUUUUAUGAAAUUAGCUUUCUGAUUCUUAUUUAUGUAUUAAGUUCUGAAACAGCUCAGCAGGACUAUGUGUGUGUGUGUGACUGCGUGUGUACACUGUGUGUGUGUAUGUGCCAUGGGGUGGGGUGUCACUAUACUGUCCUACAAUAUAAGCCAAGGGUAAUUUCAGCAGACACACACAACCCUGCCUUCCGUAGCACCUCCCCUAAUCUCGUUUCUGUGCCAGGCCUGGGAGGGAGGGGCCCGAGGCCAGGCUGGGAUGAGUACCAGGCCAGUCCUGGGAGAUCUGAGGGUCCCUUCCUUCCUCUCAAGGAGCACAGGCCUCUGGAGUGAGAGGCUCCGCUCACUAUAGCACAGAUUGUUACAGCACAGCUGCCCUCCCAUCCCCAACGGAUCCCUUCAGGCGGGGGUCAGGGGAGGGAAAGAAACCAGGCCUAAGGUCAAACCAGCAGAUCAAAAAGCACAAGGAGCAGGGGCCUGCCCAGCAAUUCCUCUAAAGUGGAAAGAGGGUGGGUAGCAAGCCAGGGACCCCCUAAUGCAGGGACCAGAGCCUCAGUUUCCCCAUCUCAGCCUUUCCACACAAUAGCCCCUGUAGGUUAAGCUGCCCCUGCUCCACCCCACUUUGUGUGGCUGCUUUUUUUGGUGCCCCCCUCCCCACCAGCGUAGCUGUGAUGUGUUGUAGUUUUUAGCUGUUUGUAAAAUGUUAAGUUAAAAGGAAAAACAACAACAAAAAAAGAAAAUCCAAACUCAUCCUUCUCAUGCUGCAUCUGGUGCCCCCACCUCUGUGGUCACUCCCCCCCCCAUUUUGUAACGCUGAACGAGGUGGUGACUGUUGAACUCUCUGUGCUCAAAGGACUGCCUUCUCCUCCAGUGCCCAGUGUACGAGUGUGUGCCCUUCCUUCACCCUUCACUUGCUGGAUGCAGCCCUCUCUCCUGCACCCCCUGGAGGGACCCAUCCAUCUCCCUUGUUCUCCUGGGGAACCCGAAACCCACUCUAUUGAUGUGAAAAAUGAGA